GUACCUGGCAGACAUCCUAGAACGUUAAAACGGAAAAGACCUGCUUUUAGGGGAUAGUGCUAAGGGACACUAUGAAAUCGUGGAAUGAUAGCCGGUCAGAGCUCUGUAGCAGUGACCAAGAAGAGGAAGAAGAGAUGAUUUUUGGUGAAAACGAAGAUUUGGAAGAGAUGAUGGAUUUAAGUGACCUGCCUACCUCACUUUUUGCUUGCAGCGUCCAUGAAGCAGUGUUUGAGGUGCAAGAGCAGAAGGAGAGAUUUGAAGCACUGUUCACCAAAUAUGACCAAGUUACCUUCCAGUUGUUUAAAAGCUUUCGAAGAGUCCGGAUAAACUUUAGCAAACCUGAAGCCGCAGCCAGAGCCCGGAUAGAACUCCAUGAAACCGACUUUCACGGGAAGAAGCUGAAGCUGUAUUUUGCGCAGGUGCAGACAUCCAGUGAGACUCGGGACAAAGCGUACUUGCUGCCACCACAGCCUACCAAGCAGUUCCUCAUCUCCCCGCCGGCCUCUCCUCCCGUCGGCUGGAAGCAGAGCGGAGAUGCGAUGCCAGUGGUAAACUAUGAUUUACUCUGUGCCGUUUCCAAAUUGGGACCAGGAGAGAAGUAUGAGCUCCACGCAGGAACCGAGUCGACGCCCAGUGUGGUGGUGCACGUCUGCGAGAGCGAAACUGAAGAGGAAGAAGAAACGAAAAACCCCAAACAGAAAAUCACCCAGACACGGCGGCCCGACCCUCCGACCACCGUGCUGAACGAGAGCCCUGGCCUUUGAUUGCGUACCGCCAGACCUGUGAAGGUGGUGUGUGGCUGCUGCCGGGGGCUUCCUCCGUGGAGGCCUGCGCCCCGACCACGGACAGACACAUUGUUGCUGCUGCGUGUGGGGGAGAUGAGGCUCAAAGGGAGCACGGUGCAGGCCUGUCACCACGCCUGUGCUGCACACGGCAGGCAUGGCCCAGCAGCUGAUUUUGCUGGUUCCUAAUUGUAACCGGUGUUCUGAGCGGCACUUUAAAUUCCAGGAUUUGCCCUCGCCACCCCGGAAAUGUGGCAAGACUUGACCAUUUAAAAAAAUCAUAACAAAUUAGAAAAAUAGUCCUCCCCUCCUUCAGCAAUGCCCGUUCCUCUGAUUCCAUGUAGCCUGGAUUACCAAAAGCUGCCAUGUUUGUGGAUUUAAAAGUAGUCUCACAAUUUUCAUAAUCUAGCCCUGGUAUUUUUGUACUGGUCUUAGAGCUUCUAGCUAAUAUGUUGACCAAAGCUUACCUGUUAUUCAGUGCAUAUGAAAUUUUUGCACGAAAAGAAAAUGUAAAAGGUAGACUAAUUCAAAGAAACUCUUUUUUCCCAAGCGUGUUUUUAGCUUAUUUUUUCCUUAGGAGCCCUGGUGGUGCCGUGGCUAAACUUGGCUGCUAACAGACCGGUCGAUGGUUUUGAACCCAGCAGCUGCUCUGCAGGAGCCAGACCUAACAGCCCGCUGCUGCCGUAAAGACUUACGACCUUGGACAUCCUGUGCGGCAGUCCUGCAGCGUCCUGUAGGGUCAUGGAGUCAGAGUCAACCGCAAUAGGAUUUGUUUGGGGAAUGUGGUUUUUUGUCUGUGUGAUUUCUUUAGCUGUGGAGAAAACUUGCCCAUCUCACUUGGUGAUAAUCAAACAGUGCAGCUCUAUGUGCGCGUUGUUCUCUUCCGUGGACAUCAGUGGGAAGUGACGCACACACCACCUGUCCACAGCGUGCCCGUCCAGGGAUGGACCCUGCAGGAGGCAUGGCUCCGCAGGACAUAGCACCGGUGAGUCUGGUCAAUUCAGAUGUGCAGUGGCUGCUGCGUUCGACCCUCUAGCUGUGCUCUCCUGUCAUGGAAACUACUGUCUUCAGCCGCCAGUGUUUGCGCCUGUCGCCUUCCCCAGAGUUGUGCUCACCGCCACGUGUUCUUUCUCUGCUGUGCGGGGUCACUCAGAGACUUCAGAUUAUCGAAUUGCCCAUUUAAGACAUUAUCGGCUUGUUUUGUAAGAGCAGUUACACAUACUCUCUUCCUAAGAGCUAGAGAGAGGAGGAGGACAUCAUGUCAGUCACAAGUACUUUUUGUGAAAUGUUUUAUCCUUACAGUCAGCAGUUUUCACUAAAACAGAAGAGGUUUCUAACAGUGAUUUACUUGAGCUUCCUGAGGUAGGAGCGGCCUCUUUUUACUCUUUGUGGCCUGUUCAGGCUUUGAAGCCCCUUUUAUAGAAAAAUCUUGAAACUCAGUGUUGUGCUUGUGGGCCC